UUUUCUUUUUAAAUGCUUGUUUAUUCUUUCAUUUUAGUUGAUCUAAGAAACGCCCGACUGUUAAUCCAUCUUUUAAAGCUACUCUUUUUUAGUUGAUUUUUACAUGUGUUUAACACAGCUUUCAUCAUUCACAAUGGCUUCUGCAUCCGUUCAACGGCCUUGGUGGACGUAUGAUGUCUUUGUAAGUUUUAGAGGUGAAGAUAUCCGUAGAAGCUUUAUGGAUCAUCUUUUCAAAGAUUUAGAACAAAAAAGAAUUCAUGUGUUUAGAGAUGAUACGGAUCUCACCCUAGGCGAAAAUAUAUCUCCUAAUCUCGACAAAGUCAUUCAAGAAUCGAGGUUUCUGGUAGUCGUCUUCUCUAAAAAUUAUGCAUCUUCGUCAUGGUGUUUGAGGGAACUUGUAAAAAUCCUCGACUGCAAGGAGGCGAGAGAGCACAAGCAUGAGGUUCGAGUGAUCUUCUAUGACGUGAAGCCUGAUGUGGUGAGGAAACAGACUGGGAGCUAUGCACAAGCGUUUGAAAAACAUGAGAUUUCAAAUAGAGCAGAGGUUGGUAAAUGGAAAGAAGCUUUAUCCAUGGCUGCCAACUUAUCUGGAUGGGAUCUCGAGGACAUGGCAAAUGGGUUUGAGUCCAAAUUCAUUGAUAGCAUCUCCAAAGAAAUCCUAAAAGCAUUAUCUCAUGAACCUUUGCAUGUCGGCCAGAACCUGGUAGGGUUGGAUGCACGCAUAAAGAAAAUGAACUUGUUACGAUUUGUCGGRUCAGAUAAGGUACASAUGAUAGGGAUAUGUGGUAUUAGUGGAAUAGGAAAGACAACCCUAGCCAAAGCUAUUUAUAACUCGAUGUGUAUCCACUUUGAGGAAAGUAGCUUUUGUGAAAAUGUCCAAGGAGUCGCUAAGCAACAAGGUCUAACUCAAGUCCAAAUGCAACUUAUUGGUAAAAUCAUGAAAGCAAGAGUCAUAGAGAUAACAAGUGUUAGUGAAGGAAUUACGGUAAUAAAGCAAAGGAUGCCAACGAAGCCAAUCCUACUUGUUCUAGAUGAUGUGGAUCAUUGCGAUCAGUUAGAAGCACUAGCGGGUUCACCUGUUUGGUUUUUUCCAGGAAGUUUUAUUAUUUUCACCGGUAAAGACAAGCAAUUGCUAAGGUCUCAUAAAGUGGAUGAAAUCUAUGACAUGGAGUUUCUCGAUGAUUUUGAAUCUCUUGAGCUCUUUAGUUUGUAUGCCUUUCAUGAAAAACAUCCUACUGAAGACUUUCAAGAACUUGCUCUGCAAGUUGUGAAGUAUGUGAAAGGCCACCCCCUUGCUCUCAAGGUCUUGGGAUCUUUUCUUUACGGAAAAACUGUGAAGGAGUGGAAAAGCGAAUUGGAUGAGCUCCAAGUAUAUCCUAAUGAAGAGAUACAACGGGUGCUUCGAUUAAGUUUUGAUGCGUUAAGCCCUCAACAAAAAAACAUCUUCCUUGAUAUUGCAUCUUCAUUCAUUGGUGAAAAUAAAGAUAAUGCAACAACUAUACUAGAUGGUUGUAAUUAUCAUACAGAUACAAAUAUCAAAGUUCUAGUUGACAAGUCAUUACUUGUCGUUUCUAAUGAUUUGCUUGAAAUGCAUGACUUGAUCCAAAAGAUGGCAAGGGAAAUUGUACGCGAAGAGUCAAACAUCCCUGGGAAGCGAAGCAGGUUGUGGAUUUCAUCGGAGGUUUAUGAUGUAUUGAAUAAAAACGAGGGAACAGAAGCGGUUGAAGUCCUUCACCUUCUGGUAAGGGAAUAUUAUCCGAAGGUUCACAUUGAUGGUAAGGGUUUUGCACAAAUGAAGAAUUUGCGGAUCCUAAAAAUAUAUGAUGAAGAACUUAGACACCGUUGGCAUGCAUUUGAUUUGAAGUUGUGGAAGGAAUCUAAGGUGAAUUACGAUGGGAAGUUGAAAUUUUUAUCAAAUAAGUUAAGGUUACUUUAUUGGCAUGGAUUCCCUUUCAAGUGCUUCCCUUCAGAUUUCUAUCCAGAAAACAUCAUUGCCAUCGACUUGUCUUACAGCCACAUAAAAAAUCUUUGGACAUCGCCUAAGUGUUUUGAAAGGUUGAAAGUGAUGAAGCUAAGGCAUUGUCGUAACCUAACAAGUACCCCCAAUUUCACAAGGAUCACAAAUCUCGAAGAGCUCAUUCUUGAAGGUUGUGUGAAUUUGGUUAAAGUCCACCCAUCCCUUGGGAUGCUCAAGAAGCUUGUUGUUCUAAAUAUGAAAAACUGCAAAUGUUUUAGGAGAUUCCCUUGCAAAGUCGAAAUGGAUUCUCUUGAAGUUGUGAAUCUCUCRGGUUGCUCAAAACUGGACAAACUUCCUGAAUUCUUUGACACAAUCCAGACUUUGAAAGAGUUUUGUAUCGAUGGUACCGCCAUAACGRAACUUCCUUCUUUUGUAUUCUCUCAAAACAACCUUCAAGUAUUGGGAUUAGGUCGACAUGAGAAGAGGAUUCGGUCUAGAUGGUGGGGUUCAAUUUCUCAAACUUCAUGGUUUCCAAGUAAGAUGCAACAUCCCCAAAGUCUGGUAAUGCCUUCAUUGGCGAAUUUACGUUACUUACGAGAAUUAAAUCUUAACGACUGCAAUAUAUUGGAAGUGUCUGAUAGCAUUGGAGGCUUAUCAUUUCUAGAAUGUCUAUACUUGAAUGGGAACCACUUUACUAGCUUACCUGGAUGUUUAACUCAACUUUCUCAUCUUCGAAAUCUUUUUGUUUUGGGUUGCAAGAAGCUGGAAAUGCUUCCAGAACUUCCACCUAACCUUCGGAUUCUUGACGCGUCUUUUUGCACCUCCUUGCAUCAACAUCCACCUAACAAUUUUUAUAUUCAAUCAUCCACAAGCAUGCGUUUUAUAGGUUGUCCAAACUUGUUUAGGAAUGUUAGUAUUGAAAGCCAGUUUUGUAUGUGUCAGCCUCCACUUGAUCUUAACUCAUCUAUAACCUCCCAUAGUUGUAGAAACCUGAUUUCUUCUUUGCUUCAAUUUCUGGAGUUCCUCAUUAACAUACGUGAAAUCUUCGGUGGACAAGACAAUUACUGUUUGGAUAUAAAAUAUCAUGGAAAUAGAAUUCCACAAUGGUUUACAUAUACAAGUAUGGGAAAUCACUUACAUGUUGAUUUGCCUCCAAAUUUCUGCUACAACAAAUUGAGGGGAUAUGGAUUUUGUGUUGUUUUGACAUCGAAAAAGUCUUGUCGUCAUAAAUAUUUCCACAAUCCACCAAGGUACCAUGUGGACAACUUUGAUGGGAAUUGUUUGGUUUGGCAAUCAUUUAAUUGUCACUUUGGAAUCCGUGAGUCAGAUGUCAUAUGGUUUUCUUUUGAGAGUUGGAUUCAUAGUAAGCAUCGGCAUCGGAGUUGGCAGAAGGCAAAGAAUUUUGUUACUGUUUCGAUUGGACACGAUGAUGAUUUUGAGGUAAAAGAAUGUGGUUUUAGACUUGUUUUUGACGAGGAUAUAGAAGAAGAGACGAAUUUCAGUCUCAUUCAGGAGUUCCAGACUCCAACACAAGAAGGAGGUGCCAUCAAAAUGAGGAGGAAUAAUCAACAUUUCAAUUGGUUGUGGUAGGUAGUCUGAUUAACAAAGAUGUAUUGUGGUGAUGCAUAUGUAAAAGCUUGGAUGUCAUUGAUUGUAAUAUAAUUUUGUCAUUUUCCCUCACAA